AUGGCAUCCCAUGCAGCUGCUCUACUGGCCAUCAGCCUGCUGAUUCUGUGGACCUCCCCUGCUCAGGGUGGUGCCAACGACGCAGAAGACUGCUGCCUGUCUGUGACCCAGCACCCUAUCCCUGGGAAUAUCGUGGAAGCCUUUCGAUACCUCUAUGCCAGGGAUGGCUGCAGAUUGUCUGCUGUUGUGUUCAUCACAAAGAGAGGUCGGCAGCUCUGCGCACCCCAAGACCAGCCUUGGGUGAACCGCAUCAUCCAGAGACUGCAAAAGAACUCUGCUAAGAGAAAGCGCCAGAGCAGUUAG